AUGGAGGCGUUGAAGAAGAAAAGAUCAGUCCAUUUCCAAGGAUUACAACGAAUUCGAACACAAGUAAAUCCGAUCCUCGAAGAAAGCCAUGCAUCAUUCGAAAGUAUGGUAAAAUUAGAAUCAUUUUUUAAUAAAUUAAAAGUUGAUGCCGAGAAGUUUUAUGAAGCUACUGAUGACGUGCUUGUAAAGCUUGUAAAAGAUGACGACGAAACUGAAAUUGCUCUCACUGAACAGUGUUUCAGUGAAAAAGAUACCAUUAUUGACCUCGUCGUGAAUGUUGAAUCGAAAAUCGCCUGGUUAAAAUCCACUCUUGAAAAAAAUCAAUCUAGUGAUUCUAUUAUUUCAAAUACUCCGUUAUCAACGAAUUCAACAGGUAUCAGGUACGCUACUAUUAUGAAGGAUGUCGAACCUCCAACAUUCGAUGGUGAUGCAACGGAGUUCGCAGAGUGGCGUGCUAUGUUCGAAAAUUUAGUGCAUGAUAACCAAGAUUACACUCCGACGACAAAAUUGUAUUUUUUGAAAAAAUGUUUCGUUGGUGAGGCUAAAGGAGUCGUCAGUCAUUAUCCAUUAACUAGGGAAGGCUAUGCAAAUGCCUGGGCCUAUGUUAUCUAUCGUUACAGUAAGCCUAAAGCUGUAGUUGGUGCAUUUUUUAAAAAAUUGAUGGCUUUGGAAAAAAUUAAAAACGAAUUAGGAAUUCAACGUUUACUUGAUUCAACAAACAGUGUAAUUCGAGGCCUAACAUCAGCAAAAGAAAACGUAAACGAUACAAUGUCUCGUUUUAUCACCUAUUUAACCUACAUCAAGUUAGAUGAUGAUACUCGUCGCGAUUGGGAUAAUCAUUACACUAAUCUCAAUCAGUACCCAAAAUUUGAAGAAAUUGAUGAAUUUUUACAAAAUCGUGCCCAUAUUGCGUCCGAACGUGUGUAUUCAAAGAAAGAAAGCCAAAAUAGGCCUAAAGAAAGUUCUGGCAAAAAAUCGUUUGUUGCUACUAAUAAUAAUGGUAAAAAACCAACCUGUGUUGAUUGUAAUGGCGAUCAUGCUUUGUACACGUGUGAAAAUUUCAAGAAAAAAGAUCCAAAAGAGCGUUAUAAAUUCGUUAAAAGUAAAUCGCUCUGUGUUUUAUGCCUACAUUCUGGGCACAAUGGGCAAUCUUGUACACAUACAAAUUUCAAAUGCAAAUGUGGCGAUCCUCAUAACUACCUAUUGCAUUUUGGAAACAAAAAACCUGAUCCAAAACCUGAUGAAAACGCUACCUCGGGUGACGCUUCGAAAGAAACUCCUAUUCAAAAAACUUCGUUAUCAGUUGCUGUCGAAAAUAUUGAAAAAACUGUCUUAUUACCUUCCGCUGUGGUGAAAAUUAUCUGUGGUGAUAUCGUUGGUAAAAUGCGAGUACUCCUUGAUAGCUGUUCUCAGGCAUCUUUAAUCUCCGAUACCGCAAUUAAAAAAUUCAAUUUGCCUACUCGAAAAUCUGCCUACACUUCGUCAAUCACUGGUGUUGGCCCUUCUUCAACUACUACAUCGUCGAUCGUUGAUUUAAUCGUUGCUUCGAAGAAAGAUACAUUCCGUUUAGUUGUCCAAGCUGAUAUCGUUCCUGCUUCGGCCAUGAAAUACUCAAUAAAUGUCGAGUUUCCCAAAAAACUGAUUAAUUCGCUUCGUAACAUUUCGUUAGCAGAUCCAGCCUACCACAAUACUAACAUCUCUAUUGAUAAAAUUGAUAUGAUCAUUGGUGCCGAAUAUUUUGGGAAAUGUAUGAUGGAUGAAUCGCUCACUCUCGAUUCCCUAGAUCUUCGGUUAUCUCAAUUUGGCUGGAUUGUGUCUGGAGUCGUUCCUCAAAAUUCCGAUUCAAAAAAGUUCGUUGGUUUCACUCGCCAAGAUAUUGAUGAAAAAUUAAACAAAUUCUGGGAAAUUGAAGAAGCCAGUAUUCCAGUUAAAAUCAAAAAUUUUGAAGCCGAUCAGUGCGUUCGUCAUUUUGAAAAUACGUAUUCGUUCGCAGAAGAUGGUAAAUUUAUCGUUCGGUUGCCAUUUAAAAUACCUCGUGAUAGUGUCGAAAAUAAUCGAAAACGAGCGAUGAGUGCGUUAUUGCGUGUUGAAAAAAGCCUAAAUGAAGAAAAUAAAAGUGCGUAUUGCGAGUUUAUGCGAGAAUAUCGUGAGUUAGGCCAUAUGUCGAUCGCGAAAUAUGAUCCUAGCGCUUGUUUCUUACCUCAUCGCGCCGUAAUUUGCGCCUGCAGUUCGACUACACCGUUGCGUGUUGUAUUUAACGCUUCUGCCGGUAAUCCGUCCUUGAACGAUGCGUUGAUGAAUGGUCCAAAUAUUCAGAGAGAGCUUUUCGACAUUUUAGUGAGCAUGCGUUCAUUCAAGUUCGUUUUUACUGCUGAUAUUGCUAAAAUGUAUAGAGCAAUUUGGAUGCAUUUAGAAGAUCGAAAAUACCAAUCCAUCUUUUGGAGAGAAUCGCCUAAUCAUAAAAUCGAAGAAAAUAUUCUAAACACUGUGACUUAUGGCACGGGACCCGCAGCUUUCACUGCUACAAAGUGUUUAGAUGUUGUGGCUGAAGAAGUUGAAAAGGGUGAAGUGGACCUAAACUUUGAAGCUGAAAAUGUGUACUUCAGCUCUGAAGAAAUUGAAGAGUUUUUCCAGUUAGUAGCCGAGCUUAUUCGCAACAAUUUUUAUAUAGAUGAUUUCAGCGGUGGUGCUGACUCUGAACGAAAAGCUAUCUUGAUUCAAAAACUUUUGCAUCAUGCUCUCAAAAGACGCGGUUUCAUUUUACGCAAAUAUUCGUCAAAUUCGUCAAAAAUCCUAGAUAACAUCGAUCCUGAUCUACUUGCCAUAAAUUCUCCGAAAGUUAUGACUGAUAAUCUGGGUUCAGUCGCGAUUUUGGGUGUUGAAUGGCACCCAAGUGAAGAUUUUUACUCAAUCAAAAUCAACAUCGAGUCGUUCGAAUCAUCUGCCAUUACCAAGAGAAUCAUUUUGUCCUUCAUCUCACGCACAUUUGAUCCAUUGGGAUUGGUUGCUCCCGUACUUAUUCGUGGAAAAUUGCUUCUAAAAACUGUAUGGUUAGAAGGAAAAGAUUGGGAUGAUGUCGUCUCAACAGAAACUGCUCGACGAUUUGAAUCGUAUAUGAAAGAAUGA